UGUAAAUGAUGUGUCUGGGAAACCUGCAUCAAGACGUCAACACACACACAAACACACAGACACAGCUCCCUCCAUCCAGCUGGGUUUCUCUGAGAUUUCUGGGAGAUAUGCAGCUCAGUUCAUCGCCAGACAGACGGGUUUCAGACGUGAUUCCUUUUGGAUGCUUCAAUGAGAAAUUACUGAAGAAGCUGCACUGGUGAGCUUCAGUCUGGAUGCCAAGGUUAGAAGGAACUAAGGAGACGAGGAAAUAAGGAAGAGAAAAAGGAAACAUUCCUUCACGGCCCCUGUGGAGUUGCAGCAGGGACGAGCCUACCAGCUGUGAUUUCUAAUCGGGAAGAAAGGCAGAGCAGCAAGGAGUGCGCAGGAAUGUGGCCUCUGAGAGAUUUGCCCUGGCUUUUGAUUUUCCUCUGUGCAGCAGCUGUGUGUGCAGGUGUGGGUGGUGCAAAGUUCGACAAUGUGUCCUCAGAAAUGUGUCGUCAUCCUUGUGAGGAGUUGGUAGGCUUGCUCACGGAAAUCCACGGUCUCCGUAUCGUGACUAGCAACCUGCUGGAAGAUCUGGACAGAGUAUCAAAAGAAAAUGAGGAGAUGCGAAUCUCUUUGGCUGAGCUGAGCAACAGCAGCAGCAGAGGCGAUGGAGACGGUAGUGACAACGAGCUUGACAGAGACAGAGACGGGGAGGUGUGGUGCGUGCAGGACGGACGAGUGUAUGAGCAAGGGGAGGACUGGGAGGUUGACAGCUGCACCUCCUGUGCUUGCCAGGAUGGAAAGGUUGUCUGUCAGCAAGUGUCUUGUCCCCCAGUAUCCUGCCUCAAUCCGUCCUUUAUUGAUGGAAGUUGCUGUCCUGUUUGUCUUGAAAAAGAAGAUGGCUGGUCUCCAUGGUCUGAGUGGACUCACUGUUCAGUCACUUGUGGACGUGGAGGACAGCAACGAGGCCGAUCCUGCAACGGCAUCAUGCCGGCCUGCGUUGGCCCAUCACUUCAAACUCGCAGCUGCAUGCAGAUGAAGUGUGACCGCAAGGCACGUGCUGAUGGGAAAUGGGGUCUUUGGUCUCCUUGGUCUGCAUGCACGACCACAUGUGGAGAAGGAAUUAUCACACGUGUCCGUCUCUGCAACAACCCUCCACCACAAAAGGGUGGCAAGGGGUGCAAGGGCAGCGCCAGGGAGACACAACCUUGCAAAAACACACUUUGUCCCAUUGCAGGAGGCUGGACAGCAUGGAGUGAAUGGUCAAAAUGCUCUGUAACAUGUGGUGGAGGUCUUAUCAGUCGCCAGCGGGAAUGUUUGAACCCCGCUCCUCAGAACGACGGGAAGCCAUGUGCUGGGGAUGCUGUGGACUAUGAAUCAUGUAACAAAAGAGAGUGUCCUUUAGAUAUGUGUUUGCUGUCAAAUCCAUGUUUUCCCGGGGUGCAAUGCACAUCAAAUAAUGAUGGAUCAUGGAAAUGUGGACAUUGUCCAUCAGGUUUAAUUGGGAAUGGCACUCAUUGUGAAGAUGAGAAUGAGUGUGAAUUGGAGGGUGUUUGUGCAACGAAGUGUAUAAAUACAGACCCUGGAUUCUACUGUCUGCCUUGUCCACCUCGCUAUAAGGGCAACCAGCCAUAUGGCCUUGGAUUGCAACAAGCCCUGAAAACCAGGCAGGUGUGUGAACCAUACAAUCCUUGCAAAGAAAACACACACACCUGCCAUAAGUAUGCUGAGUGUAUAUACCUUGGCCUGGCAUCUGAAGUCUUGUACAAGUGUGUUUGUGCUAUUGGAUUUGCUGGCGAUGGCUUCUUGUGUGGGGAAGACUCUGAUCUGGAUGGCUGGCCCAAUGAAGGCUUGACCUGCAAGCAGAAUGCUCCUUAUCACUGCCAAAAGGAUAACUGCCCCAUGAUGCCAAACUCCGGACAGGAAGACUUGGACAAAGAUGGACAGGGAGAUGCCUGUGAUUCUGACGAUGACAAUGACAACAUCAUAGAUGACAGGGACAACUGCCCACUGAUGUACAAUCCUAGGCAGUUUGACUCCGACAGGGACGGGUUGGGGGAUCUUUGUGACAACUGUCCAUUCGAUAGCAACCCACAGCAGACAGACACUGAUGACAAUGGAGAAGGAGACGCCUGCAGCAUUGACAUAGAUGGAGAUGAGGAACUGAACGACCAUGAUAAUUGUCCUUAUGUGUACAACACGGACCAGAGGGACACAGACCUGGAUGGAGUUGGAGACCAAUGUGACAACUGUCCCCUCCUGCACAACCCUCUGCAGCUUGACUCUGACAGCGACCUGGUAGGGGACAUGUGCGACAACAACCAGGACAUCGAUGAAGAUGGCCACCAAAACUCUCUAGACAACUGCCCCUACAUUGCCAAUAGCAACCAAGCUGACCAUGACAAGGAUGGAAAAGGAGAUGUUUGUGACCAUGAUGAUGAUAAUGAUGGUAUCCCUGAUGACCGGGAUAAUUGCAGGCUGGUUCCCAACCGAGACCAGCUGGACUCAGAUGGCGAUGGCAGUGGAGAUGCAUGCUUCAAUGACUUUGACAAUGAUAGCAUUCCAGAUGCGCUGGAUCCCUGUCCUCAAAACCAAGACAUCGGGGCUACAGACUUCAGGAAGUUUCAGGGUGUUUUGUUGGACCCUAAAGGCACCACCCAGUCUGACCCCCUCUGGGUGAUCCGCAGUCAGGGGACAGAGCUGCUGCAGAAAGCCAACUCAGACCCUGGGAUUGCUAUUGGAUAUGACAAGUUCAGCGCUGUGGACUUCAGCGUGACAUUUUAUGUUAACACCAAUCGAGAUGACGACUACGCAGGCAUUGUAUUUGCCUACCAAUCCAGUCGACGCUUUUACGUUGUCAUGUGGAAACAGGUGUCUCAAGCUUACUGGGAGAAAAGGCCGUCCAAAGCUUUUGCAACUGCAGGACUCUCAAUCAAACUGGUGAACUCCAACACAGGACCAGGGGAGUAUUUACGCAACGCUCUGUGGCACACAGGAAACACCAGGCACCAGGUCAGAACAUUGUGGCAUGAUCCCAAUAACAUUGGCUGGAAGGACUACACGGCCUACCGCAUGCACCUCAUACAUCGACCCAAGACUGGGUUCAUCAGGGUAGUGGUGUACGAGGGCAGGGGGAUUCUAGCAGACUCAGGGGCAGUGUAUGACCACACACUGGCUGGAGGACGAUUGGGACUCUUUGUCUUCUCUCAGGAGCAUGUUCUCUUUUCAGACCUCAGAUAUGAGUGCAGAGAUAACUGAAUUAUUUCCUUGGGGUGAUCAGGAUACGCCACAACAAGCCGCCAAAUAUCCAGAUUAAAUUCAGAAAUAUUUAAUCCAACUCAGAGAGAAAGACAGCAGAGAGGAUGCACCAGACCCAGGCUUUAUCCGGCCAAGACUAUCAAUUAGUGACCAUCAUCUAUCUAUCUGUCAGCUUUUUAUGCAACAGUAUUGAUUCCAGAGUGUCUCAUUCGCUGUAUAUUACUCCCCUGGCACCAUGUCUAAUGACACUUCUUGUUGCUUUUCAUUUGCGCCUUCCUAGUGGUUGUAAAUAAUUAUUUAUUGCGAGAUGCCAGAUAUGAGAGAGAUGAAAAUGAUGAUGGAGUGAGUUGAGCAGAUGUCUGGUAACUUAUCAAU